AUGACCAUCAGGGACAAUCAUAAAGUCCACAUAUUCACUGUGACCAUGCAGAAGCUCAGGGAAGAUGAUAUAGAUGUUUACUGGUGUGGGAUUGAGAGAAAUGGAGCUGACCUUGGAGUCCAUGUCAAAGGGUCAAUUGGCCCAGCAUCAAAGUCAAACACACCUACAACUCCACCUGUGUCAUCUGCUAUGCUGAUCACAGAGAAUGCUACCCAUAGCACAAGCAGCCAGGAGAACGCCAACCAGAGCCAGGGCACAUGGUCUCUGUUCAACAGCAUCCACUUCCUGCUUCUGGUCUUCCUGAAAGUGCCUAUGUUCUUGAUUAUGCUUGGUGCUGUCCUCUGGGUCAAGAGGCCCCAGAAAAUCCCUGGGUAG